AUGGCAUGGGAUUGCGUACAGAGAUAUUGCCGACGAAAAAAUAUCAUCAUGAUUGCAAAGCUCCUGGUAGUGUACGAGUGCAUCUACGUGAUAGCGAUAGCAGUCAUCAAAGUGUCUAUCCUGCUCAUGUACUGUCGCAUCUUCCCCACGAGAGAAAUCCGCAUUGCCUCCAUGAUCCUGGGUGGGAUAUCCGUUGCGUGGUGCAUCGCUAUUAUCCUUGUGAGCAUCUUCCAAUGCACUCCGAUUGCGCGAGCCUGGGACACGCGCAUUCCCGGCACCUGUAUCAACCUGAAAGCUUCGUUCAUCGGGAAUGCGGUACCCAACAUUGUCACCGAUAUUCUCAUUCUGUCUCUACCUGUACGGGUGGUGUGGAGAUUGCACGCAAGCCUCACGCACCGAUUGUCCGUAAUUGGCAUCUUUCUGUUGGGUAGUUUGUCCCGUUAUCUUCACCAGUAUCUAUCGCUUCACUACCCUUUUGAGUUCGACCCGACGGAUAUUGCCUGGACACUCGGAAGUCCCUGCACUUGGUGUAUCGUCGAAUCCUCAGCAGGUAUUAUCUCCGCCUGUAUGCCAACCCUGCGCCCGUUGUUCAUGAUGAUUUCAUCCAAAUUCUCCAGCCAGUCUGGGACGCAAAGAACACGGACGACGGAUGUCAACCACUCUAAAGGUUAUGAGUUACAAAAUUCUGCUCUACGACCGUCCGAUGAGCCGCGUAAUAAAAAUGGAGUCCAGCUGGAUGCCUCCCAUGAUGGGUCUGAGGACGAGGUUCCGUUAAAUUCCAUUCGAGUUCAACAGGAUAUAACAUGGCAAGAAUGCAGGGGUGAUUCCUUUCCAGUAUAUAAAUAA